CAUUUAUUUGAACCCAAUAUCCGACAUUUUGUCUUCUCUCUAGGGUUUUGGGGUUUCGCGGGACGAAAUUGAAAAUGCAUCUUACUCUUGAAUUCGGGUUUUGUUUUUCCAGCUACCAUCCAUAGGAUGGACAUGACAAUAGUAUUAGCCUUUAAAUGCAGUGGGGGAUUGGAGCUCCUAUGCAACUCUGUGAAGAUUCAUAAUGUCAGUAUCGAUCCUGAAAAUGGAGCAGGAAAAUUAAUCAUGAAAGAUUUGCUCUCUUGGGUUCGUACUAAUCUGAUCAAGGAGCGACCAGAAAUGUUUAUGAAAGGCGACACUGUGAGACCUGGUGUUCUGGUGCUUGUAAAUGAUUGUGAUUGGGAACUUAGUGGGCAGCUUGACACACCAUUGGAAGAGAAGGACGUGGUAGUGUUCAUAUCCACAUUGCAUGGAGGAUAAUAACUUGAUCAGGAAUAUGUAUUUUCCAGGUUGUAUCUACAUAAUAGUUGUCUGAGAUAAUCUAGAACUUGGACAUUUUAACCUUAAAAAUCCGUCUCUGUUUUUCCUGAAAUUUGUCCGACUAUAUGACAACAUGGGCAUUGUUUGUUGCCCUAGAAUAUAUAUACAUAGUAAUCUUCAUGAGAUUUUGCUCUGACGAGACUUGAGAAGUUGAGAUCAAUGUUUAUGUUGAAUAACUGGUGAGGGGAAAAGAAAAGCUGAGUUAUAAUUAA